UCUUCCCGAGUAUUCUACCUUCGAAGGUAUCUAGCUAUCUACAGUAUCAGCUGUCCACUGUCAGGCCGAAGUUUUCUUAUUCAAUCGGUGAGAGGGUGCGAUCCGAACAUGGUUGAUGGAGACAUGAGCCGCAGUCAUCUCGAUUGAUGCCUGCUGCAGAGCUGCCCUGAAGUUCAGCAAUACAAAUAUGCUACGAGUAACCAGAGCGGACUUCUGGGUUGGUCGAAUGCACGCGCGUUUUCUGCAGCCCUGCCGCGUGCUGAACAAAAGUAGAGCAUAUGCACACGCGUACUGUCUACGUGCAUGCUCUCGACAUGAGCCGAAAACCCUUGCCAACAUACAAAAUAGGAGAGGUAAAAAGCAUGAAGAGACGAAGAGCCUGGACUCAAGAAUAUGGAACCUUGCGAUGCCGGCGGUGGCAUCUUUACUACUUGACCCUAUUCUCGGGGUGGUCGAUACAGCAUUCGUCGGCCGCAUCGAUGGCAACAGCGCUGAAGCUGCCUUGGGUGGCCUUGCGAUUUCAACAACAGUUUUCAACUUCUUCUUCAAAAUCUUUAACUUCCUUGCUGUUGUCACAGGGCCGCUAGUGGCUAGCCAAAUAAGCACAGGGGACACUUUUGGGGAAAGGUCGAUUCCGUAUCCACAGGAAGUAGGACCAGUGAUAGAGUUAAAGUCGGAGAAAGUGUAUGGCAGAGAAGCUGCCGCCGAAACGGUUGCUGGUGCAAUGGUUCUGGCAACGGUUCUCGGAGUCUUCGUCCUCCUUUCCCUUGAAAUAGGCAGUGACGUUAUCCUUUCAUGGGCCGGCGCAGACGUUGAAGACCCGGUGAACACCGCAAAAAUUUUGACAACUGUUGAAGGGGAGUUGUUGCCCCAAGGUCUGGAUGUGAAUUCGAUGAUUGGCAAUGCAGAAGCAUAUCUCCGUAUCAGGGCAUUGAGCGCUCCCGCUGUUCUCAUUUGCAGUGUUGCUGUUGGAGCAUAUCGUGGAUUGUUGAAUACGCGCACUCCUUUACUCGUGAGUUUGUCUGCCAACAUGCUAAAUUUAGUACUCGAUCCAAUUUUGAUUUUUGGUGUUGGCCCUUUACCGCCUCUUGGGGUCGCAGGAGCUGCUGCUGCAACCACUGCUGCAGAGUGGGUUAGCGCAGUGGUAUUUUGUUUUUUGCUAAAAGAAGAAGGAUUGCUUUUUGCAGACCGUGUCAAAUUGGGUUCUAUUUUGAUCCCUGAUCUCAGUGCCGAACGCCCAUAUCGACCUCAUUCAACAUCAAGUUUCGUUUCCCGAUCGGCUCCUUGGUUGAAGCCUUUUGCUGCAGGUUCUAUUUCACAGCUUGUUCGAACGCUCUUCCUGCAAAUUGUACUGGUGAGUGCUACUGCAGAAGCUGCUAAAAUGGGCGUCGCAGGUUCGCAUCAAAUUUGCAUACAGGUCUGGUGGGUGACGCUCUUUGCUUUGGAUGCCCUCGCUGUUGCUGCUCAAAGUCUUGUAGCAGUGACACUUGGUAUGGAAGACGUGAAGGCUGCGCGAGAAGCUGCAAAUCGGACACUGCAACUUGCAGUGAUUGCAGGCACUUCUGUUGGGAUCAGCAUCCUUGCAGCAGGUCCUUUGCUGCCCUCAUUUUUUACUACAGAUACAAAUGUUGUCGAUGCUGUGGAGUAUCCGAUGUAUCUUAUUGCAGUGCUUCAACCGCUUAACGCGGCUAUCUUUGUCGGUGAUGGCGUGUUUCAAGGUGCAGCUGACUUCGGUUUCCUGGCCUUCGCAAUGUUGUUUUCUGCAGUACCAGCUGUGGUUUCCCUAGGACUGGAGGGAUUUAGAUCGCAGCAUGACCUUAACACUAUAUGGCGCUCAAUGGCUUUGCUGCAGCUCGGAAGAGCAGCCACUUUAUCUGCUCGUUAUUGGGGUCCUUGGGGACCAGUCUCUCGGACAAGAGAAAAAAACAAAAGUGAGAGAACGAAGGAGGAAAUACACUAAUUUGUUCUUCCCAUUUAUAAAAUAAAAUUGUUCAACAAGGUCCGUUCAAUU